AAUCCCCAAUUAAUCCAUUUCUCUCUCUCUCUCUCUCUCUGAGCAUACGCCCAAGGCCAGGCCUUGAUCUCUCCAGAGCUUCUGAGCCAUGGCGAGAGGUACAUCUCAGCCUCAAUCCGCUUCCUCGGCCACCUCUCGCCCGGGAGUGAUGGCCCCCCGCGGAUCAGCUGCAGCAACAGCAGGCAUGCGCCGCCGCAGGCUCGGUGGCGGAUCAAACAGCUCAGGCAGCGUCUCCGGCGGCUCCGGACCGGGGAGCAACAUGCUCAGGUUCUACACGGAUGAGUCCCCCGGCCUGAAGAUCACUCCCACAGCAGUGCUCGUCAUGAGCGUCUGCUUCAUCGGCUUCGUCACCGCUCUUCACGUCUUCGGUAAGCUCUACCGCGCCAAAGCUGGCUCCGGCGUCUAAGUCUCUGGGGCUUUCACGCAAUCGCAGCCUACUGGUGAGAUGGCGAAACAGAAGUUAAGAGAGACGACGCUAGCUGCAGCAACUAGAAGGGCUAGCCUUUGCCCCAGAACUAAACAAAAAGAGUUGUGCAACUAAAUGAAAAGCCCGAAACUUAACCAAUUGAUGAAACUUCAGAGCUUCAGCUCGUCAAAGUGGACCAAUCGGCGGGAUGCAGAGCAGGGCCGUGCAGCGCCCGAAGCCGCCGUCUAGCUCGCAGUUGGGGGUCCUCGUCCAUUUCUGAAGCGCAGACGUAGUGAGCUAAAGUUACAGCCACCAAUACCGCUCCAAGGCACAGGAUAGCGUAGCAACUGUGGACCAGCUUCCCCAGUAAUCCUUGUCCAAUCAUCUCCAUAUCCCUCUAUAAUAUUCUCUCUCUGAGUCUCUCUUUGUGAUGUGAUCUCUCUUGAUGAUAUCGUGAUGGAGAAGAAGAUAGUGUAGUACAUGUAUUUCUAUAUGUGCGCGUGUGUGUCCGGCUAGGAGAAGAAGAGAAAGAAUUCUCUUCUCUGUAUGAGAAGAUAAUUCAGGACUAAGAGAAUUUAGAACAGAAAGGCAAAUCGGUGGGCCGCCGGCGGACACCGAGACGCCUGAGUUGAGGGAGCCCGCUGGAAUGAUGGCUUGCCAAAACGGUGACAUGGGAAGACAGGCACAGUGGUUUGUCGUUUUGCUUAACUUUUUCGAUAAAUGGAUUUUUUUUUUGCGCGGCU